UUAUGAAUUAUUCUGAAACGCGCCAAUCUUUUUCAAUAAUCGCAUAUUUCAAAUGAUUUAUUUUAUUUGGUGGUGGGUACGUACAUUUUCGUGACAGUGCAUAGCAGGCAUCAUAACAAACAUGUUAUACCUUUGACUCGUUGUCAAAAAAAGAUGCUCGUCUAAUUAACAUUAAUUAGAUUAUUAAAGAAAAGAAAAGAAAAUGUCAAGGGAGGACUCCCAAACGAGACAGUCGGAGUUUUGUUCAAGUGAAAAUAAGUAUGAGGCGUCCGAUCCUUGGAGAUACGCGGAAGACUCCGAUGGUUCUGAACAAAACAGAACGUGCAGUUCUCCAGUCGAUGAACCUGCUUCAAGUAAAAAUUUCAACAAAACUCAUAAUGUGAAAGUUCAAACUGAUAAAUCCACAUUGCUUUCAUUGAAGCAAGACAAAAGGUUUGAUACAAAUGUCAAUAAAAAAUGUGCAAGCAGCAAAGAAACAUUUGAAAGUAAAAAGAUGGUUUUUACAAGUAAUUUUGAUGCUAAACAACAGCUCAUUAAUGAAUUAGAACAUGUAAAAUUGAAAAAAACAGGUCUGCAGUAUGAUCAUGAAAAUGCUAGCAUCAGACUGUCCAAUGAUAUGAGAGCAGUUAGGGCUUUUGACGAAAUUUCUGAAACUGACUCAGAUCAACCUACAAACUAUUCAUGGUGUUAUGAUGAAACAAAAGCUGGCGAUGAAUCCAGCAUUGAUGAUAAAUUAGGGAUAUCAAAAGCAAAAAGUGGAUACAACAAAGAAUCAAGGAACAAAAAAGAAAUAUUUAGUUCGAGUAGGAGUUUCAAGGAAAUUUUCAAUUUUUUUAAGGAUCGUGAUAAGAAAAGAUCAAAUACUGAUAGCACAAAACUAUCUGAAGUAGUGGGUCCAAAGUUUUUAAAAAUACCUGAAAUCCAUGAAAGAAAGUCUGAAGCAUUUUCCUCAUCAGUUCAAUCUUCUUCAUCGGAUCAAGAAAAAGACGUUAAAAACAGAGGUGAAUCUGAAAUAUUUCAUCAGACUCCUUUGAUGUUUUCUCGGUGCAGUUCAUUGGGAUCAUUAAGUGGAUUUGAAAUUAAUUCAAUUAAUGAUGACAAAAGUUCAUUUGUUAGUGAUUUUAGCAGAAGAACUAGUGGAGUUGUAUCUCCAAGUGAAAUUCCAGAUUCGCCAGCUCCAAUGGUUUUAACCAAUAAUAAAUCACAGACAAAAUCUCAGUUGACUUCUUUUGGAACUAAGAAACCUUUACCAUCACAAUUUGAUAAAUUCAAGAAUCCUUCAUACUUAUCAAGUACAACAGAAUCAGCAAGUGAAACUUUAAAAAGGCUUCCAGUAGCAAAGAUGAGUAUUUUUGAAGAUCAUCUAACAUCAUUUAAAGAUGAAUCAACACCAAACAAAUUACAUUCUAUGGCAGCAAGUAGUUUGAGUUCUUUAACAAUUGAUGAUGAUGAUGAUUGUGAUGUAAUAAAUAAAAUCCUUGGUAAAGAUAAAAUGAACUUAUUAACUACAAAUCAAAUUAAAGUUGAUUCCAAAGAAUUAGUUCAAGAAGCUACUCUUUCUCUGAAACAAACUUUAAACAAUGAAUUUUUAAAUCUUGAACAAAAAGAAAAUGUAGCUGAAGAAGAAAAAAGUGAAGUUGUAGAUUUAACGCCUUUUGAAGAACAAAUUCUUGAUCAAUGCAUUAGAACUGGAAUAGCAAAGUGGAUAAAACAAAAUGUAACUGAAAUAAAACCUUUUAGUUGGGAUUUAGGAAUAACAUGCCAUGCUACCCAAUCAAUAUUAACAAGUAAAUUAAGAAAAGCCUUAACAACUGAAUUGAUUAGUGCUAAAAUUGAGGAGCAACUGAUUCAUCAAAGAAAUCUCAUGAAUAAUAAUACUAGCAUUAAUAAUGAUGAUAAAAUUAACAGAUCUAAAAAUGAACAGAUACCUUAUGCUAAUGAAGAGAAAUUUUCCUCCAAUUUGCACAAUAUAAACAGAGAAUUAAAUAUUCAAUCCAUUCCUGAGGAAAGUAAUGGAAAUCAAGCCAAUGAUCAUUUUAUCACCUAUGAAGAAUAUCUUUUAGAUCAAUGCAUUAGAAAAGGUAUGGCAAAACUUACAAAAAGACAUGUGAAUGAUUUCAAACCAUUUAGUUGGGAUGUGAAUCGAAUCUGCCUUACUACAAAAGCUAUGAUGAUUCAUAGUUAUGAAGAUAGCAUGUACAGUAGCCAUUAAUCAGCCAUUAAUCAUUCAGACUAUUAUUAGUGAUAAAUUUGGAGUCUACAAUAAAAAGUUAAUGUGAUAAAUAAAAACGUAAAAAUUAGACUCACAAAAUAAUGUAGGGUACAAACAUUAAUACACAGAGAAAAAGAGUGAUAAAAUUUAAAAUAUUUUAAUACUUGUUAUAAAAAAUAAAGUGCAUGUAUGUGAUUUUUAGAUUUUUAUAAAGUCUUCCUCAAUUUAGUAUUGAACUAUCAACAUUGUAUAAAUUCACUCAAAUAGGUGAUUAGUUAUUAAUUUUAUGUUACAUAAUUCAGCUUUAUUGUUUGAAAAAAGUUUUUUAUAAAAACUAAUUAAUUGUAA